GACGCGACGACGCCACUUCCGCGGGCGGGCGGCGCCAUGGCGAUCUUCAGCGUGUACGUGGUGAACAAGGCGGGCGGCCUCAUCUACCAGCUGGAUCACUACGCGCCGCGCAGCGACACCGAGAAGACGUUCAGCUUCCCGCUGGACCUGGUCCUGCGCCCGCCGUUUCCUUGCAGGCUGUUCGCUAUUGGCUCGCAGCUCUCCCCAGAGGUGGGCAGCUCAGGUAUCGAGAUGCUGGAGACCGACACCUUCAAGCUGCACUGCUUCCAGACGCUGACAGGGAUUAAAUUUGUGGUGCUUGCUGACCCCAGGCAGGCAGGGAUAGAUGCUCUACUCCGCAAGAUCUAUGAGAUUUACUCUGACUUUGCUCUGAAGAAUCCUUUCUACUCCCUGGAGAUGCCCAUCAGAUGUGAAUUGUUUGAUCAGAACUUGAAGCUUGCUUUGGAGGUGGCUGAGAAAGCUGGACCAUUUGGACCUGGAUCAUAGAAAAUGAGUUGCCUGUUGCAUGGUCUCCUCUCCAUGAAGAGCAGGGCCUUUUUCUUCCCUGGCAGCUGUGUCUCAGAGCUCUCUUCACCACAGCAGAGACCUCAUAAUCUGAAAACGUUUCCUAUCUCCCAGGAUACUGUGUUUUGCUCCUCUCAUGUAAAAUUGACCUUAAACAGAUUUAUUGCUGCUCUUUACUUCUGGGCCACAGAAACUUUUUCUGGUUUUGCAGCUCCUAGACCUGUGAGUGAACAGUGGAAGACGCAGCAUAGCUCUACUACAAUUGUUUCCUUUCACGACUGUAUAUUUGAAUUUUUUCUGUAUAGCUCUAAUUUAUAAUUUUACAAAGGGUUUCUGUGUAGAAAUAAUAAACGUUCCUUAGAGAGGUG